AUGGAGAUCUCGGCGAUUGGUGAACCAUCCGCUGAGGAGGUUGAUCUCUUGAAGCGUAGUACUGACAAAGCUAAAGAAGUGUUAGGGAAGAAACCGAUAUCUUAUAAGGAUACACUCUUACAGUUGAAUGGGCUGAAAGUUACGGAUGACGUCGAGGAAAGGGAUUGGUUUGAGGAGUUGGAUGUUCAUGGUAUGGAGGAGGAUGUUCAAUCAAAUGACCAAGAUGAUCCUUUCUGUCCUACAUACAGAUUUUCAAAAGAGCUAUAUAAGGAGAGUUGCAGGCCUUGGAAGCAAGCUGUGAUUAUCAAGCUCUUGGGAAAAAAGGUUGGUGUAAAGUUUUUGCUGAACAGACUCUUGAAGAUGUGGAAUCUGUCGGGGACACAUGAGUUCAUUGAUAUGGAGAACGAUUACUUUUUGUUUCGUUUUGCGGAUUUGAAUGACUACAACUUCGUUUUGGAGGAAGGGCCUUGGAUUGUGGCAGACCAUUAUGUUUCUGUUCAACGGUGGCGUCCAUUAUUUGAUCCUUACGAGGACAACCUUAAAAAAUUAGCUGUUUGGAUCCGUAUUCCGGGGUUACCUAUGGAGUUCUAUACCUCCCAACAUUUGCGGAACAUAGGUGAUCUAUUUGGGAAAACACUGAAGAUUGAUAGGAACUCUAUACGUAAAAGUGAUGCUGGUGAUGGGGUUGUUACGGAAAGGGCCAAGUUUGCGCGUAUUUGCGUAGAAGUAGAUCUCAGUAAAGGCUUCUUGUCUAAAUUCAAUCUCAUUAAUAAGGUUUAUACGGUAGGGUAUGAAGGCCUUCACAUGAUCUGCUUUGCAUGUGGUAAGUAUGGGCAUAGGCGUGACACUUGUUCUUCGGUUUCGGUGUCAACAGAUAGUCAUUCUCACCAAAAGGAUGUUCGUGCAGAGGUUGUUAACAAUGGUGUCAGGCGUGAGAUGGCAGAAGGUGAAGCUUUUGGUUCUUGGAUGAUUGUCCAAAGGAGUCAACGGGGAAGGAAGGCAAAAGCUACCAUGGAGACUGCCGCAAUCAAUGCUGCCGCAAUCAAUGCUACCGCAAUCAAUGCAGCCGGGAAUCAGGGGUAA